AUGGUGACAAUCAAUCAUGAAAGGUAUGACAGGUCUCCUUUCAUGGAGUCACGAAAUUCCAGUCCUACUCGAAGAUCUUAUGGUGAAAAUGCAGUUAGACAUAAUGCCGAUUCCACACACAGAGGUUAUGAAGUUAGUCGGCAUUCUUACAAGGAUAAACAUGAUAUUAGUGAAAGUUAUUCCAAAUCAAAAUCUCCAUCUUUGUCAAUUAGUCAUAAAAAUGAAGGUUGUCAUCGUAAGACCAAUGAAUUUAAUCAUCAUCAAACGCCAGAAUUUUGGGAGCGACGUCGUAAAAUGCGUGAGCGCGCUGGUGCUUCUGUAAACACACAGAUAUGGGAGUCAAACCCACCUAAAGAGGAUUCUGAUUCAGAUAACGACCAGCAUACAAUUUCUGGACAAGCUUUCGGACCUAGUCUUCCAACAGAUUUUAAAAUACCAGACAACCGUGAUACUCCUUAUUCUCAUAAAAAGCUCAGGCAUAAGAACCACAGCCAUCAUCAUCAUCGGUCACAUAAACAUUCCAAAAGGCAUAAAAAAGAAACAAAAAAGAGCAAUAGACUCAAAAAACAAAAGCGGAAGAAUAAACAUGAUAGUCGCACAUCCUCUUCCUCAUCAUCUUCAGAAUCUGAAGUAGAUAGUGAAGAUGAAAAGAAACAAUUUAUUAAACAAAUGAAGGAUAAGAAACGUGAAUUAGAACGUAAACGUGCACAAGAGGAAGAGGAAGUAGAAGCUGUCGGCCCAAUGUUACCUACUGCUGAACAUUCCAGCUUAAUUCCGUUAGACUAUGGCCGAGCAUUAUUACCGGGCGAAGGUGCAGCAAUGGCAGCUUAUAUUGCCGAAGGUAAACGUAUACCACGACGUGGUGAAAUCGGUCUAACCCCAGAAGAGAUUGAAUCGUUUGAAAAAGAGGGUUAUGUCAUGUCAGGUAGUCGUCAUCGUCGUAUGGAAGCUGUCCGUUUGCGUAAAGAGAACCAGAUAUACUCAGCCGAUGAGAAACGUGCUUUAGAACAUUUUAACCAUGCUGAGCGUGCUAAACGUGAAGCAAAAUUGCAGGCUCAAUUUAAGGCAUUGAUUAAACGAAAGUUAGAAGACAAACAAGCUGCUCCUCCGCCAAGUUAA